ACUAAUAAGACAUAAUGCCGUCCUAUUUUUGGUAACAAUUAAAGGGCCUCCCGGUGAAAGCAGAAAGCUGUUUAUUUUCUGUGACAUCACUUCGCUUUGCCUUCGAAGGCUGGUCUGUGCUCAGUGUUUUCGUGGUGAUGCAAGUCGGCUCUCUCCUCCAGCAGUUGGAUCCCUCCCAUCUCACAGUACCUCACAGGUCUCUUCCCCCGAGCAGUGCAUUGCUGGAGCGAGGAGAAGCUCACGAAUCAGCUGCAGGUCCCUGUUUUGAAAAAGCAGAGAUACAGAGGCAGAGGAAAAAGGGUGGACUCCUAUGUGACCUGUUCUUAGAGCAAGACAAUCACCAUCUGAAUUCCAGAAGCCCUGUUCAUGGUUGGGGAUAUUUUCUCGACUGCAUGGAAUCAGAAAGAAGCAAAAGGAUGGGAAAUGCCUGCAUUCCCCUGAAAAGAAUUGCUUAUUUCCUAUGUCUCUUAUCUGCGCUUUUGCUGACUGAGGGGAAGAAACCAGCGAAGCCAAAAUGCCCUGCCGUGUGUACUUGUACCAAAGAUAAUGCUUUAUGUGAGAAUGCCAGAUCCAUUCCACGCACCGUUCCUCCUGAUGUUACCUCAUUAUCCUUUGUGAGAUCUGGUUUUACUGAAAUCUCAGAAGGGAGUUUUUUAUUCACACCAUCGCUGCAGCUCUUGUUAUUCACAUCGAACUCCUUUGAUGUGAUCAGUGAUGAUGCUUUUAUUGGUCUUCCACAUCUAGAGUAUUUAUUCAUAGAAAACAACAACAUCAAGUCCAUUUCAAGACAUACUUUCCGGGGACUAAAGUCAUUAAUUCACUUGAGCCUUGCAAACAACAAUCUUCAGACACUCCCAAAAGAUAUUUUCAAAGGCCUGGAUUCUUUAACAAAUGUGGACCUGAGGGGGAAUUCAUUUAAUUGUGACUGUAAACUGAAAUGGCUGGUGGAAUGGCUUGGCCACACCAAUGCAACUGUUGAAGACAUCUACUGUGAAGGCCCCCCAGAAUACAAGAAGCGCAAAAUCAAUAGUCUCUCCUCCAAGGAUUUCGAUUGCAUCAUUACAGAAUUUGCAAAAUCUCAAGACCUGCCUUAUCAAUCAUUGUCCAUAGAUGCUUUUUCUUAUUUGAACGAUGAGUAUGUAGUCAUCGCUCAGCCUUUUACUGGAAAAUGCAUCUUCCUUGAAUGGGACCAUGUGGAAAAGACCUUCCGGAAUUAUGAUAACAUCACAGGCACGUCCACUGUAGUAUGCAAGCCUAUAGUCAUUGAAACUCAGCUGUAUGUUAUCGUGGCCCAGCUGUUUGGUGGCUCUCACAUCUAUAAGCGAGACAGUUUUGCAAAUAAAUUCAUUAAAAUCCAGGAUAUUGAAAUUCUCAAAAUCCGAAAACCCAAUGACAUUGAAACAUUCAAGAUUGAAAACAACUGGUACUUUGUUGUGGCUGACAGUUCAAAAGCUGGUUUUACUACCAUUUACAAAUGGAAUGGAAACGGAUUCUACUCCCAUCAGUCCUUACACGCGUGGUACAGGGACACUGAUGUGGAAUAUCUGGAAAUAGUCAGAACACCUCAGACACUCAGAACGCCUCAUUUAAUUCUGUCUAGUAGUUCCCAGCGUCCUGUAAUUUAUCAGUGGAACAAAGCAACACAAUUAUUCAGUAACCAAACUGACAUUCCUAACAUGGAGGAUGUAUAUGCAGUGAAGCACUUCUCAGUGAAAGGGGAUGUGUACAUUUGCUUGACAAGAUUCAUUGGUGAUUCCAAAGUCAUGAAAUGGGGAGGCUCCUCAUUCCAGGAUAUUCAGAGGAUACCAUCACGAGGAUCUAUGGUGUUCCAGCCUCUUCAGAUAAAUAAUUACCAAUAUGCAAUUCUUGGAAGUGAUUACUCCUUUACUCAAGUGUUUAACUGGGAUUCAGAGAAAGCCACAUUUGUGAAAUUUCAGGAAUUAAAUGUUCAGGCACCAAGAUCAUUCACGCAUGUGUCCAUUAAUAAGCGUAAUUUUCUUUUUGCUUCCAGUUUUAAGGGAAAUACACAGAUUUACAAACAUGUCAUAGUUGACUUAAGCGCAUGAGACACCAAAUUCUGUGGUUGCCAUCGGAAACUUUCUACAGUACAUGACCCGGAUGAACUCAAUGCAUGAUGACUCUUCUUAUCACACUUGCAAAUGAAUGCCUUUCAAACAUUGAGACUGCUAGAACCAAGCACUACCAGUAUCUCCAUCCUUAACUGUCCAGUCCAGUGAUGUGGGAAGUUACCUUUUAUAAGACAAAAUUUAAUUGUGUAACUGUUAUUUGCAGUGAAGAUGUGUAAAUAAGCGUUUAAUGGUAUCUGUUACUCCAAAAAGAAAUAUUAAUAUGUACUUUUCCAUUUAUUUAUUCAUGUGUUCAGAAACAACUGCCAAAUAAAAUGUUUACAUUUUCUUUCAUA